CCCAGGCAGGAGCCCCGGGAGACGAGACAAACAAGCCACCAGUGCCGCCGCCGCCACCGCUGCCGCCUCCUCGUCGAGCUCCCGUACGGCCCCGCGGGGUCAGGCAGGGCCGGUCAGCUGCCCGGGAGUGCCCGGUGCCCCGCCCCGCCCGGCUCCCCGCCCCUCGUUCCCCCGCGCCGCGGGCGGGCGGGCGGAGGGUUGGCCGGCGGCGGGGGCCAGAGGAAGUGACUGCAGGUGGUUGAGUGGAGGGCGUUUGGGCGCGGAGCUCUGUCCGGCGUCGGGUCCCCCUCCGGUCCUCACCAUGGUGGGCCGGCUCAGCCUGCAGGAUGUCCCCGAACUGCUGGACAUGAAGAAGAAGGGGGACGGGGUACUGGAUAGCCCGGACUCUGGGCUGCCCCCGAGCCCCAGCCCCAGCCACUGGCUGCUGGCCCCGGGCGGCGGCGGAGGCGCCGAGCGGGGGUUGGCCCCAGGACUGCCGGAGCCCGACUCAGCAGCACCCGGCCCUACGGCCUCGAAUUCUGUCUUUCUACCCAAUCCCUUGGGGCCUGGCUGCCCUCCAAGGUUGUGCCCUCUGUCUUUUGGUGAAGGAGUUGAGUUUGACCCCCUGCCUCCAAAGGAAAUAAGGUACACCUCCUCGGUGAAGUACGACUCGGAGAAACAUUUCAUCGACAACGUGUACAUGCCGGUGGGCCUGGUGGUCUCCUCCUGCAGCCAGACCGUGGUCUGCAUCCCAGGCUGCACCUGGCGUAACUACAAAGCCGAGCUCCGCUUCGAACCUCGGAACAAGGCCCUGCGAUUUCUUAGCACCACCAUCAUCUACCCCAAGCACACCAAGACCGUCUACACCACCACCCUGGAUUACAACUGCCGGAAAUCCACAAGGCGGUUCUUGUCCAGUGUGGAACUGGAAGCCUCCGAGUGCCCAGCAAGUGAUUACCUCCUGGAUGAGUGCUGACUGAGACCUCUGCGGGUGAUGUGAUGGAGUCAGUCCUUCUGAGGGUGCCGCUCAGUUUUAUUUUUCUAAGUGAAAAUGGGCAAUGCUUCUAGUGCCCAGGCAUUUUGUUGUUGUUUUUAAACUCUGAAGCAGCCUCCUCUAUCAUUCUAGCUUCAUGUGUCCAGCCUUGGCAAAAUAGAGGGGAAAAAAGGAAAAAAAAACACCUCUGGCAUCUUUGGUUACAAUGGGAAAUUGAGGUGAACUUUUUUCUUUUUAAAGGCAUUUAUUUCUCUUGGCUCCCAGUCACGUAUCCCUGAAAGAAUCAAUCAACCCCCCCCCCCAAAAAAAAGGGAAGACCUGAGUAAAGGGAAAAGUGGAAAAUACCCUUUAGCUACUCCUAGACAGGGAAGGCAGAGCUCGCUCGUGUGUGGUGGAAUGGAAAAAAGUCUUCUGGUGGAAAGAGUGAGCUUCCCACUUUAAGCGACUCCUGUUGGAAGCGAUGGUACUCAUCGCCUACGUUGUCCCACCCAUAUGGGCUUCAUCUGUGUAAACUGAGGUCUGUGAGUCAUUUCUGUUUCACUCAGAAUUCAGGCCUCCUUUCGGUUUGCUGAAGACUCUGCAAUUUCCUUGAUCUUUUUCAAUGGGCGGCUGAAAAAUCCCAGAAGUCUAAGAGGAUGCUUCCACCGUGGCCGUCUUCCGAACGUUACAGAAAGCCGCUUGGAAAUGUCAUUAACCGAUCCGAAGGGACGACCGAAAGUCUUUGGUUAACCAUUCUGCUAGUCAUGAGGAGAGCCUGUUGUGUUCUUCUCCGCGCGGGCCCUGGCGGCAUGCCUUGCAUCUCUGGAAUCCUGCUAACACCACCACAGACUUGUGGAACUCCUCUGAUCUGUACAUUGGGGUUUCCAAAUACUUUCCUAGUCUCCCUAAGGCAGACUAUAGUUUGGCACAUAUUUCAGAGAAAUGUCAUUUUGAAGGCAGCUUUGACAGAAUGCUUUUCAGAUUUCUCCAAAUCGAUGCCCUUUGACUCACAACUGGAAACGCCUGGCAUGGGUCACAUCUGGGUAGUAUUAGAAGGGAGAUGCAUAAUCUCCCCCAGAUAGUGUAAGUGGUAUCCAGAGCAGAACCUGUAAUGCCUAACAGGCAAUCAGUGGCUUAAACUUGACCCCAGGUGGCAGAAGAAGAAAGAAAAAAAUCCACCUUUGGGAUCAGAUUUAAAUUCCAAUCAGAGGAGGGCCGUCGACUAAACACCAGACUUUGUUCCUGUAGCAGGAGGUUUUGAUUUUUGCUAAAAGGCAAGAGGGCCCUCCUGCAUUCUUAGCAUCAGCUGAGACCAUCCCUAGAAAGAGCUUUGUUGGUUCCGAGAAAUCAGCUAGGAGGAGAUGACAGCAUCUGCGAAUGGGUCAUCCAUGCAGAUCAAUCCGUCCCUUCUCUUGGACCUCAGGGCUUCUCCUUCCAGGGUUCCCUUUCAGUAUGAACCCCCUCAAAUUCUGGCUUCUAUUAUCUUCCAAACCCCUGUUUCAUAUUAGGCAACCAGAGGUAGGAGAGAGAAGGAAACGGGCAAGUUAUUGUACAAAAACUUGCAUCAGAGCAUUGAAUUACAGCAUGGAUGGGUCUUGAGUAGCCCACAGGGGACAAGGACACAUGUGUGGUCCUUCUUCUCAGGCUCAGGAGCUCCUCCAGCUAAGGUGGCCUCUCUGGGCCUCCCUAGAGCCCAAGUUUUUUAUUUCUCUGUUGGGGUUAGGAAAGCAGAGAGGUUUGGGAAAAAUCUAAGAGAAUCUAAGGGGCUUGUUCAGGUAAGCUUUUUGAAACAAAGGAAGUGGGUGGUUUUUGUUGACUUCCUGUUAGAAGGAACAAAACACAAGCUAUAUACUCUUGAGUAAGGUUCUGACUGGUUCCAUCACUACCAUGCUAUGUGAGGUUGAGCAAGCUUUUUGAGUUCUACAGGGAUCAGUUUCCCCAUUUUAAAAAGGAUCAGAUGAUCCCGAGGGUGUCUUCCAGUUCUAAAAUUCUUUUGACCCUCUUCUAAGAGGCAUAGACUGUUGUAAACAGGAAAUAUGUCAUACCUCUUUUCUGAGUAAUUUGUGGUUACUUUUAAUGGCAUAUUUUGGUUCAAAAAGCAGAAAUGGUCAAUGUUUGAAGAACCCAAUAGCCAUAUGCAGUGAUUUUUGUUCCCCUUAAUCAGGUGUGUGCUACUAAUUGUUUAACAACCUACCCUCCCUAAGGGGGAAAGCCUAUACACUUUAUAAGUUUAAUCUACAUUAUUAACAUUUUCUCCAUCACUUCCUUAAGUCUAGGCAAUCAACAAAAUGUUGGCAAGCCCCGAUUUGAAGCUUUUGCUGAUUUCCCAAGGUAUAAAUGCUCAUGCUAACAAUUUAACAAUGAACUAGUUAGAGCUGGCUCCAGCACACCCCUCUUCAUGACAAAAUUGCAGAGAUAAUCAUUUACAUUUGGAGACUGGGAUGCUUUCAGAGCUAAAUUGCCUGAUGCUGCCUUAAAAAUUAUAACAUGAAUUGUUUUGUUUUCCUAAGUCUCUUUUGGACAUACUGCCACCAGAUAACUAAUUCUGGAUUAAAUUAUGUGAUCCUGAAUAUGGCCACAUGAAGCUGGGUACUUUUGGAUCCCAGAUUUUUUUGGAUGCCCAGAUUUAGCCAAUUCAUGGAGCUCCACUGCUCCAUCGUUCAUUGACUCUUUAUGGGCAAAUGUCAAAGAACUCAAAUACCAGAAUUAACAUUAAGAUCUCAGCUUUAUAAUAUGGAAAAACAGUGGGAGGGGGACUACAAUGUCAUUGUAAUAUAUAAUUUGAGUUGCUUGUAAAUGUGAUGUAAUUUAAAAGGAGAAGUGCCUUACAUUCUUUGUUAUUGUCGUAUCUUGGUAUUUAAGUUGGAUUAAAAUUACAGUAUGAGACCAUGCUCCUCCUCCCUGCCAAAAAACCUCAUAGUAUUGUUGACUGAGCAGGGAGAGCCUCAUAGAGAGGAGAAAUCACUCUUCUGGUCAAAAAACGAUUUGAUUUCACUUCUGAGAGCAGUCCUUGAGAGAGCACUGUUUAGGUCUGUAUUGGUGAACCUAUGGCACGCAUGCCAGAGGGGUGCUUCUUCCUUCCCCCUCUCCACAUGCCUGAGAACAUUUCUCACAUGCCCCACCCCUAUACCCAGCAGCCCAAUGGGAGCCCAACCUGUCUGGGGUAAGGGGGAAGCUCACAUGCAACAUGAGGAUGCAGUUUGGGCACUCAGUCUCUAAAAGAUUUGCCAUCACUGGUUUAGGUGAACAAGUUAAGUUUCAGUAAGGUAGCAAGGUUGGGUGAGAAGCUGUAAGGGUGGUUGGAGAGAAUGUGACAUUAGAAUGUGAGUGAGGGUAUGUGAAGAAGUGAUUGUGAAACUGUAGGAAAAGAGGAAAAGUGUGUAUUCUUUUAUUGGUAAGUUAUUCACUGGAGAAUCGACAAGAUUUCUUCUAGUCUUUUCUUUUUUCCUUAAUCUGAUUUUCUGAAAGCAAAUGAGAAAGGCAAGCUGAUGGCCAGAAAGUUGGCCAGAAGCCUUACCUUUGAGGCAACCAUGGCAAACUAGGAACAUGUUCUUGUGGGAGCCAGGGCUGCCUCAUUUGUCCUUCCUCAGAUUCUUAGAACCCAUUCCUUCCCAACUGCCUCUGCUCCAUCUGAUUUCUUUGUCUUGUGCUAAUUCAAAGUGGUUUUGCCUCUAUCUAUUUGUUAAAUGAUAAUGGCCCAAUUUCUUUGUCUUGCAUUGACUCAAAAUGGUUUCAUCUCUGUCUACUUGUUAAAUGAUGAUGGGGAAGGGUUGCCAAGUUGCUACAAAUGAGUGUGAAAAUAGCCAAGAGUCAUUAAUUUGUAGCGAUCGUAUAUGUUUUUAAACAUUUCGAGGUGAGGGUUUGUUGAGCAAUCUUCCCAUAAUGCAACCUUAGGAAACACAGAAUAUUGUUUCACAAAAGCUAGGGUUUGUUGUCUGUGGUAUUCCUCUUCUCCCCUCUCCACCCCAGCCCCAUUUGCUUGUUACUUUUUCAUUUAACAAUAAAUUAUCUGAAAUACA